CCAACUGCUGUUGUUAGAGUCAAAUUGGCUUGUGCUCGUUGAUUGUAGACUCGCGGGGAAUCGUGGCCACACCGACAUGCUACGACGUGCAUCAGUGAUAUGAAGUGGUAUAAGGCCCCAGCAGAGGGAUGUCAUUCCGUGUGCUAGCAUCGAGGCUAGCGAGACGCCCACUGUUCGAAGCCAGCGUCAAAGUGCCAGCGGCAGUCGAAGUUUCAAAAGUAGCAGAUCAGUUGGUCUUUGCUGGACCUCUGGGCACAUCUCGGCUUGGGCUGAGCAGCAUCGACAGCCUGGGUGAUGCGGCCUUAAAAUUGGUUCCUGAGCAGCGGGAGAUCGCUGUCUGCACGCAAAAUAAAGCAUUCUUUGGCACCCUGCAAAGCCUGCUGAGGAACAAGAUCGAGGGCGUGACAAAGGGCGUCCUGGUGUACCUGCGCAUUUCCGGCAUUGGCUAUCGUGCAACGAUCGAGGGCCAGACGAUCACCUUCAAGCUGGGCUUCAGUCACGACAUUGCCUAUGACCUGCCUGACUCCAUGCGUGCUUUCCUGCCUGAACCCACCCUCAUCGGCCUCUAUGGCAUCGACAAAAACCAGGUGACUCAGGCGGCAGCCAACAUAAUCCGGCUGCGGCCACCGUCGGUGUACAAGGGCAAGGGCAUCCGGCUGGCAGACUCCACACCACGCCUCAAGCCUGGCAAGAAGAAGUGACCAAUGCCAUGCAUGCAGCAGUGUUGAGCAGUGUCAAUUGCGGAGCCCUUCACAUGCGUAUACAUGCUGGCUGCCCUUGGUAUGUGGGUGGCAAAGAGACAUCUGCAACUCUGGUGUAUUGAGAGAACUCUUGACAACCAGUGAUCUUGAAUUGCUGGGGCCUGCUCAGAGAAUAUUCAGCACUAAUGUAAGCAGUAUUGGGUAAACCAGUAGUGCAGAUUUGU